AUGGUGAUGAAUAAAUGGAGUGGAAAGGCUUAUACUCAGAGGUAUUACGAGAUUCUUGAGAAACGAAGGAGCUUACCUGUGUGGGUACAGAAAAAAGAGUUUCUACAAUGUUUGAUGCGCAACCAGACAAUGAUACUUGUCGGUGAAACCGGUAGUGGUAAAACAACACAGAUCCCACAGUUUGUUUUGGAAGCCAUGCAAGAAGAUGCUGGAAGAAACCCUAGCAAGUGGCUGGUCGGGUGCACGCAGCCUCGUAGAGUUGCAGCCAUGUCCGUGGCCAGUCGUGUUGCUGAAGAGAUGGAUGUAGCUAUCGGCGAAGAAGUAGGUUACACCGUCCGUUUCGAGGACUGCACUAGCUCCAAAACAAUGCUUAAGUACUUGACCGAUGGUAUGCUUCUGAGAGAAGCAAUGACUGAUCCGCUUCUACAGAGAUACAAAGCGAUAGUUCUCGAUGAGGCUCAUGAAAGGACUUUAGCUACAGAUUUACUCUUUGGUAUUCUGAAACGAGUCUUGAAAAACAGACCGGAUCUUAAGCUAGUUGUGAUGAGUGCAACUUUGGAAGCUGAAAAGUUUCUUGAGUAUUUUAGUGGUGCGCCUCUCAUGAAAGUUCCUGGAAGGCUCCAUCCUGUAGAGAUCUUCUACACGCCAGAACCUGAGAGAGACUAUCUCGACGCUGCUAUUAGGACCGUUGUUCAGAUUCACAUGUUUGAGCCGCCUGGUGAUGUUCUUGUUUUCUUAACUGGCGAGGAGGAGAUUGAAGAUGCGUGUCGAAAAAUCGUCGGUGAGCUUGGGGAUCAAGUCAACGUUGUGCCAUUGUAUUCUUCUCUUCCAACUGCGAUGCAGCAGAAGAUAUUUGAUCCUCCUACAGAGAAUGUGAGAAAGAUUGUUGUAUCCACCAACAUUGCAGAGACUUCUUUAACCAUCGAUGGGAUAGUUUACGUGGUUGAUCCUGGUUUCUCUAAGCAGAAAAUAUACAACCCUGAAACUCGUGUUGAGUCGUUAUUGGUGUCUCCAAUAUCACAAGCAAGUGCUCAGCAGAGAGCAGGUCGUGCCGGUAGAACACGGCCUGGAAAAUGUUUCAGGCUUUACACCGAAAAGAGUUUCAACCAUGAUUUGAUUAAGCAGACGUAUCCUGAACUACUGAGAUCAAACCUUGCAAACACAGUUCUCACCUUGAACAAACUUGGUAUAGAUAACUUGGUUAGCUUCGACUUUAUGGACCCUCCUGCUCCUGUGACGCUGGGGCGGGCCUUGAACGAUUUGGUUAAUCUGGGAGCAUUAGAUGAUGAAGGUAACUUGACAAGGAUAGGUGAGAUGAUGAGUGAGUUUCCUUUGGAUCCUCAAAUGGCAAAGAUGCUCAUAGCGAGUCCUAAAUUCAACUGCUCGAACGAGAUUCUAUCGAUUUCAGCAAUGCUAUCAGUACCAAACUGCUUUAUCCGUCCUAGAGGAGAGGCUCAAAAAGCAGCAGAUGAAGCUAAAGCUAGGUUUGAACACAUUGAUGGAGAUCACCUCACGUUGUUGAAUGUGUACCAUGAUUAUAAACAAAACAAGGAAGACUCGAACUGGUGCUACGAGAAUUUCAUCAACUAUAAAGCAAUGAAGUCUGCUGAGAAUGUUAGAGAGCAGUUGGUGAGGAUAAUGUCCAAGUUUAAUCUCAAGAUGUGCAGCACUGAUUUUAACAGCCGUGACUACUAUAUUAACAUAAGAAAGGCACUGCUUGCUGGCUAUUUCAUGCAAGUGGCUCACUUAGACGGGAGUGGCCACUACUUGACCGCCAAAGAUGACAAAAUGGUUAACUUGCAUCCAUCUUGUAGCCUGGAUCACAAACCGGAGUGGGUAGUGUACAACGAAUGUGUUCAGACUAGUCGGAAUUUCAUCCGGAUUGUCACUUAUAUUCAAGGUGAAUGGCUAGUGGAUGUUGCACCACAUUACUAUCAUCCUUCCAACUUCCCAAACUGUGAAGCUAAACGAGUCCUCCAGAAGAUUUCUAAGAAGAGAGGCAGAGGGGGGAACCCAAAGUGA